AAGCAAUUAACAAAAAAUUCUUAUUUUUUAUUUUUUGCAUGUACGAGUCUGAUUGAUGAUUUCUAAAUGAUCAAAGAUAUAUUAUUGUACAAAAACACAGUUUUAGGUCAACAGAGUGCUGCUGCUGAUAUAGGCCUAGUGAUUCUUCCUGCCUCUCUUUAAAUGUAAAGCUGCCUCUGCUGCACCUGUGACGUUUGCCGCCUGCCGUGCAAUGCCAGUGCGCACUGGGCAUCAAAAGCGCAGAUAGAGGCAAAACAAUGUCACAAAAAAGGACAUAUCCUUCAGGUGCAGAAAAAAGGAAGAAGAAGAAAGUGGAAGAGGAGAAAAAAUGCCAUGAUAAAGGAGCAUUGUUAAAAUACUUUGGAGGCACAGAAUCAGCCCAGAGCCAGUCCACAUCCUCAGGCUCAACUGUGAGUGAUGAAUCAGGUCCAUCUCCAUCCUCUACAGUGCUCUCUCACACACCUCCAUCCUCUGUGCCCACUGUCCCCUCCAUGUCUGAAACCACAGCUGAUUUAUCUACAACUUCCACCACAACGUCCCCUUCACACCAUGGACCAUCAUCAGCUCCGCCAGUUGACCCAGCUGAGUGGCCUUCUUUCCUCUCAGAUUCAGACAGGACUGAGCAGGUGAUCAGAGGACCACUGUCUACUAAGGAGAACUUUUCAUUCCCCAAACGGCAUGAUGGCCGAAGUUUUCAUUAUCAUUAUACCUACAGACAGCUAGUCAAUGGGGAAAAAGUCAAGCGUAGCUGGCUGACUUAUUCAAGAAGUAAAGUUGCAGUCUAUUGCUUUUGCUGCAAAUUAUUUUCCAAAAAGUCCUUAAAACUGGCAGCUGAGGGACAGCGGGAUUGGGUCAACAUACAACAAACAACACUGCCAGAGCCGCAAUGAGUUUAUAGUAGGUGUGUGAAUGAUCAACAAUCAAUAUUAUUGGCAGAAAUAGAGGGUCCCAAAAUCAAAUUUUGCUUAGGGCCCCAUGGAGGCUUGGGCCGGCACUGGUCUACUAUAUAUUACAAUAUAUUCAUCCAUCCAUUUUCUACCGAUUGUCCAUCUCAGGGAUGAGGGGUGGGAGAAGGGGAGGGCAGUUGUACAGUCGUACAGUAUACCGGUACUAAUAAAGUACUGUGGUACUAUCCAUUCGUCCAUCCAUUUUUACCGCUUGUCCCUUUUGGGGUCACGGGGGGUGCUGGAGCCAAUCUCAGCUGCAUUCGGGCGGUAGGUACUAAUAAAUAAAAAAUGGUACUAUACUGCUUCUAGAAAUACUGAUACUUUUUUUUUUCUCCUAACGACGUAACAUUUCUGGUAAAACGAGCAGAGGCACAUGUUAGGCAAUGCACGGAUGGCGUACUCACUGGCAGACAUAUGUGGAGACAGAAGGGGAAAAGUAUAGAAAAACGUCCUUGGACACAGAAGAACUUGAACUAUUACCAAUGUAUGACCCUGUAACUACUUGGUAUUGGAUUUGUAGUAUCAGCAAAAACGUAUGUAAAGUAUCCAAACAACAGAAGAAUAAGUGAUUUUUUACCUUUUAACAGAAAUGUAGAAAGUAAGCAGCUAUUGACAGUAAAUAAAAAGUAGAUUAAUAAUCCAUUUUCUACCGAAGUGAAGUGAAUUAUAUUUUUAUAGCGCUUUUCUCUACUGACUUAAAGCACUUUACAUAGUGAAACCCACUAUCUAAGUUAUAUUUAAACCAGUGUGGGUGGCACUGGGAGCAGCUGGGUAACGUGUCUUGCCCAAGGACACAACGGCAGUGACUAGGAUGGCGGAAGCAGGGAUCAAACCUGGAACCCUCAAGUUCCUGGCAAAGUCGCUCUACCAACCGAGCCGUCCCUCCUAAUUUUGACAAAAUAAUAGAAUGGUUAAAGACACAAUAUGUUACUGCAUACGUCAGCACCCAAAUUAGGAACCUUUACUUACUACUCAAAGAUAAGUUAUCUAGCGUGUUCACUAUUUUAUUUAAGGACAAUAUUGUUCUUUGAUUGCAAUAAGAAAUGUAUGUUUAAUGCAUCAUAACAUUUUCUGUUAAAAUAAAGCCAAUCAUGACAUGUGGUCCCCUUCAUUUUGAAAAGUAACUAAAUACAUUUUGCGACCUGUAGCAAACAGAUUGGUAUCGGGUGAACCCUAACUUGGAUUAAAAAAACAAAAAAACAUUUUAUCAUUAAAAAGUUAGCAUUCAUUAACGCACAAAAAAGUACCAAAACUAAGUACCGUUGCGUAUCAGUCUCAAUUCCCAGGUACCGUGUCAGUUCAAAUGUAAAAGGUACCCACCCCUGUCUCUAAAGUACGUCUCAGUUGUAUAUCUGUAGUAUAGUCUCUUCAGUGGAUAUACCGUGGUACUUCGGUUUUUAUAUGCCCCACUUUCCUUUGGAUUCAUUUUUCGCCAAAGGUUUUCGUACGCCAUGGGCCUGAUCUACUAAGAUCCAAAUAACACGCGCUAAACAGCCUGUGCAAACUUUAAAAUUGCGUGUACAUGUAGUGAGCCUGCAGGCGUGUGACCUACUAAUUACAAGUGAUAACUGGUGCAGACAGCCUUAUUUAAAGAAGCAUUUUGCGUGUACUACCCGGCUUUCACCAUGGAGACACUCAUUUAGCGCUGGAACUGCAGCCUGGAAGGCCGGGGGAGCCUGCUGAAGAGAAGUACCCGGGGGAAUGGGGUUCGAACCUCAGACCACCAUCUCGCACUAUUCCAAUCACUCAUCAGGCGAAAACAAAACAUCAGUAAAAGUUAUAUUUGAAAUAAAAAAUCUUUCAGUGCCUCAGACUGGAAGUCUCUGCAGAGAGUGGUGAGGACGGCGGAGAAGAUCAUCAGACUCCCCUUUCCCCUAUCCGGGAAAUCACAAAAAGCCGCUGCCUGACCAGGGCUCAGAAAAUCUGCAGAGACUCCUCCCACUCCCAGCAAGGACUGUUUUCACUGCUAGACUCUAGAAAGAUGUUCCGCAGCCUCCGGAGCAGAACCUCCAGGUUCUGUAACAUCUUCUUCCCUCAGGCCAUAAGACUCUUGAACGCAUCAUAAUAAUCCCCUCAAUUACCCCCAAAAACGGAUUAACUCGCUGGAAUAUAAAGACAAUAUAACAUACAGCCAUAAACGUAGAUGCAUAUGCAAUAAGUGCAACAUAUUUAUCUGUACAGUAAUCUAUUUAUUUAUAUCUGCACCUUAUUGCUCUUUUAUCCUGCACUACAACGAGCUAAUGCAACAAAAUAUCGUUCUUAUCUGUACUGUAAAGUUAAAAUUUGAAAGACAAUAAAAGGAAGUCAAAGUCUAAGUCUAAUUUACUGCACAUUCACGUUAUAAUGCUCCGAACUUCGGCGCUUUGCUAGGUUUUGAAACAUGCAGCAGACAUGUACCAAUUUUUGUGUGCAUUUUAGAAGCGGUGGAAUGGGACCCACUUUCUUAAAGGAGAUGCUCUGGAAUUUUGCAGACGCAAGAAAAAGCAUAUCGCAAGAAGCUUUUUUUCAUAUUCAUGAAAAAAAAUGCAAGCAGACACCAAAACGUAUCAAUAUUGUCCUUAAUUCAUCUAGCAGCUAUUAAAGUUAUAAAAGGAUGUUGCUGAACUGUUGCCCCCCUGUAACAUGAUCACCGAUAGAGUCUGUAGUUAUUUCAAAAGCCAAGGUGUGAGACAUUUUGUAACUUUUGUCAAAUGCUGUAGUUGAUGUGGAAGAAGUCUCACGGCAGAGUGAGACACAGAAAGACCAUAGUGGGCAGGAGAAGGAUUAAAGAAGAGUCAGUAAGUGUUGAAGAGGAGUCAUUCUGCCUCCCAACAGUUUUUGUGCUCAUCUUCUUGGUUUGGAUGAAGAUGCUUUCAGUUGUCGGGAAGUGGUCUGUCGUCCUGAUGGGUCUGUUUGUGGUGAAUAUUCUACUGGAUGAGGCUGAUGUGCUGUGGGGGGACACACGGGGUGAAGCUGGACUGGAAGUAGCAGGGGGGAUUUUCAUUGUGGUGACAUUUGAGCCGGUGUCUUGUGCGUGGAAGUUGUCGUUUAGGGUCAACCCUCCAGCCUGACCUGAGUGCACUCCUCCACAGAUGGGGUUAGUGCGGCACGGGCAGCCCAGGAUCAGGGCGGGUGUACGCUGCACCCAGGAGAGGAGAUAGUUCAUGUCCGCUUUAAGGUGACAGGCCCAAGGGUUGUUGCCCAGGGAGAGCACUGUUAGGGAAGUCAUCUUGUCCAACACUCCGAAGGGGAGAUUGGAGAGGCGAUUUGUGUGAAGAUAGAAGAAGGUCAAUUUGGGAAGUCGGUCCAGUGAACCUGGCAACGUCUUCACAAGCCAAUUAUGGGAGAUGUCGACGAUCUCCAGGUGUGCAGGCAUGUUGGUGGGCAGAGUCCAGAGGUGAUUGUGACUCAAGUUGAGCACGCACAGAUUCAUCAGAGUGUUGUUGAUGAAAACGGUCCUCUCCAGCUUGUUGUCUGAGAGGUCAAGCACCCUCAGGUUCCACUGGUGCACCGUGUCAUUCUUGUCCAGGAGGCGGAUGCGGUUUGAGGCGGCGUGCAGCUGCCAGAGGGACCGAGGCAAGCGCUCCGGCAGGCGGCUCAGGCCGUUGCGAGACAAAUCGAGUACGCGGAGAUGCGUGUAGGAGGCCAGCACCCCGUCCAGGUUGUCGAGUCGGUUGUGGGACAAGUUGAGGCCUCGCAGGUCGGCCCGGAGGCCGUCGGGCAGCUCUCUGAGGCCCCGCCGGGAGCAGUCUGCCUUCCUGUGGCUGCAAGAGCAGGCAGCGGGGCACACAGCGGCGGCUCGUAACCCCAGCAACAAGACAAGCAGGAGCACCAGAGGGGCCUCAUUAGGGGGCAGAUUCUGCUGAGCACGCCUGCUGAAAGACAAGAGUAUCGGAGGUGGUCUUAUGCAGCAUCUUUACCACAGGACAGCACUGCAGCUAAAAACUUCCACUUUGCCAACAUAACCAUUCAUCUAAUAAACACGGUGACUAUUUGUUUCAAAUGACCCAACAGACAUAUUCAACGCUUUAACAUUUUUAAAGAAUAAGCAAACACAGAAUGAUUCAGCUGGUUUUAAACGCAGAAGAAAACGACUCACCUCCUCAUUUUAAAAUUCCAGUUGUUGCAGACACUCAAGUUUCGGAGCAGCUGCCACUGAAAUAAGUUGACCCUUGCACACUAAAUUUGUCCUCAAAUUGAUGGUGCCUCUUUCUGGGUACGGAUCCUUUGGGUGUCUGCGAUCAAGCUGUGUGCUCCUCUGAAUUCGUCUCUGGUGUUAGUAUAGUGGGGAGGGUGUUUUCAGAGCAGGCGGCUUUGGGGGGGUCAGAAAGAAGAGAAACUUCCCAUCAUUCUUUGUAAAGUCUGGCACUGUAUUCUUGCAUUUAACAACUAAUGCUGUAGAUGUUCCAUUAAUUUAUUGCAUUGUGUCUUAUAGCUGUGUUCAAAAUUAAUUGCUGACACGUAUCAAAUCAUUAUCAGGUCUUUCUUAAACAGGGAAUAUUGAGCAAUCAUUUUCUGUUAUGCUUCAAGUGUGAAUAAAGACGUUUGAGAUGAUUCACAUUCAUUGCAUC